AUGCACGAUAUAUCGGCCACUAUAUUGAGGUACAGCCCAUCUCCUCCUCGUGGUGGGCUCCCUGUUGAUCACAGUCUGGUCAUAACUGUGGGCAACGAGCUGACCCAUCCAAGCGAAGCGCCCCAUGUCCGAGAUUAUGCAGCUGGGGAGUCACAGCAUAAUAAGCCCUAUUACUCUCCACGGAAGUCGAGCUAUGAUGGACACAGCGAUAGAGGUUCGAGGAGGCGCAGUGUUAGUCGCGGCAGGGCGCAGAGUCGCAGUCCUGGCUAUGGGCGCAGCAAAAGUCGCCCGCGCAGCAGGAGUCGGAGCUACAGUCGUGGCAAGAGUCCUGAACGGGCGAAGAGCCGAGCACGUAGCAAGAGCAGAACCCGUGGGAGGAGCUACAGUAGAAGUCGAAGCGGAAGCCGCAGUCGCAGACAGAGUAGGGCCAGGAGCAGGGCACGGAGCAAGAGCCGGCCACGGAGCCGCAGUCGUGAAAGGAGCCGUAGCAGGGGGAGAAGCAGAGGACGGAGUCGUGCUAGGAGCUGGAGCCGCAGCGCCAGUCGUAGUGGUAGCAGUAGCAGCAGCGGCUCCAAUAGGAGUCGCCGCAGCUGCGUCAACAGGAGAGUCAAAUCAGGUGAUUUUAUGGUUAGGGAGGAGGACUUUACUGAGCUGGAGAAGGCCAGACGACGUAAAGAAAUCCAGGAUACGCUUGUACAGCCUGCAAAGUCAAUUUUGAAGAAAAGAAUGGAUUCCUCCGAGACAGAUUCUCCCAUGCUAGCGCAGAAUAGUGAUUCUCCUCGAGGAAAUCCAGAUGGUGGUCUUUCACAUGAGGCUGAACAGCUUCUCUGCGCACUUUCCAAAACCAUGGAUCCAGACUUGUUAGCAUCCAUGCUGGGUAAAAGCUCUGAUAGUGGUGUUCUCGAAGAGCUAAUUGGUAAGAUCCAACCAGCCAGAGAGGGUGGAAGUGACCUGCUCCUCCCUCAUGAGAAGGGAAGACAGGAGAAAUCAGACCUCACGCAGUUCCUUGGAAUGAUAGCCAAGGUUGCCCAACCACAGAAUUUAAAAAAGAGUCAUCCAGAUAUUGAAGAUGAGGAGAAGUUCCUCUAUGGGGACGAAGAAGAGGGCAAUGAGGUGACACCAACAAAUUCCAACUUUCCAGGCACAAGUUACCCACAGUCUUGUGAUAUGCAGAUAAGAGAACCUUACACAUUUAGCAAUACUGGAGAAAAUGUGAUGAUCCAUUCGCAUGGAGAAAGUAGGCAGACAGACAGGCAUAAUCCCUCGGCCACACCUGAGGUACAUGCCAAGGAAGAACCUAAUGACUUCCCACCUGGCGUUGGGCCACAGGACAUCAAGGUGAGGAAGGAGGUAGAGGAAUAUGAGAAGAUACAAGACUUGCUGAAAACGAUUGGCUUGGACCUGGGUGUAGCUGAGAUAAGCAAGAUGGCCGCUAGGACGCAAGCGCGCCUGCACGGUAACACCCCUGCGAAAACACCAACUCGUCGGCAUUCGGAUAGAAAGCGCCGUAGCAGGAGUUACAGCAGCAGUAGCAGCAGGAGCUCCAGUCGGAGUAGCAGCCGUAGUAGAAGCAGAAGUCGUCGAAGCCGAAGUGGCAGUUUAGAUCAAACUUCAAGUCGCAGCAAGAAAAAGCCAGUUUCCCCAGAAAAAACAUCUCCAUGCUCACAUAGUCAGAACAAGAAAGAGGCUCAACCUGGCAUUGCUCAACCAGAAAGCAGCUGGCCUACGACACCCACUGUGGGUCCUGGGUCUCAGACGUAUCCCUCCCAACCCAGCCUCCCGACACAUCCCAUGCCCCCAUACCCCGGGCCACCCCCACGUGGGGUAAUGCCACCUGACUACCCACCACGAGGUUAUGAUCCGUAUGGCAAUUACAUUCCAUAUAUGCCUCCGGGAUGGCCGAUGUACCCACCUCCAGGUAUGCCGGUACCUCCUCCCAGUCCAAUGGAUCCCUACAGCCAUCCUAACAUUGAGCGACCCUUUCUUAAAAUCAUCAAAACUGUGCCGAAUGAGAGUAAAGGCGAUGAUCAAAAAGCACCCCCUAAAUCAGAUCCUGUGGCCUCUAAAACGAUCAACAGUGGCAUUCAGAGGAAAGAAAUGGAAGAUAAGAAUACUGCUAGCCAAAAACAAAAGGUCAUGGAAGAGCUUGAAAAUCUAAAAAAGGAGAAAGAAGUGCAACACAAGAGGAAAGAAAAUCUCUUAAAGGAUGUGGAGACAUUGAGAAAGCAGCAAGGGGAGCUUCUUCGAAAGAAGCGAAGGGAGAAGGAUGGGCACAAGGACCCUGUCCUCAUCGAGCUCGGUCAGCUCCAAGAAGAUGCAAUGGCCCAAAUCUCUAAAUUGCGUGCUGAACAGAGAAAGGCAGAUCAAAAAUAUGAAGAGCUGGUCAAAGUGGCUCUUAUUCUCGGUAUAGACUACAAAGACUCGAAGAUCUCUGGGGAGCAUGUGCAGCAGCCCCUUCAGAGUAAGAAGGAGUCAGCCAGAAGCCCAGGGAAAUCAGGGUCCAAAACCAGCAUCUCCUACAAUAAGGUAGCCUCCUCAAAAUCAAGAGCGUCUCCUGAAAAACCCAAGUCACCUCUUCCAUCGAGCAGCCAUUCCCUGGACACUGCUGCUGAGCAGUUCGAGUACUACGACGCAGGAAACCACUGGUGUAAAAACUGCAAUGUUACCAGUGGUUCAAUGUUCGAUUAUUUCAUGCAUUUACACAGCAAAACCCAUAGGAAGACUCUAGAUCCUUAUGACAGACCUUGGGCAAAAUCAGAGAGUGAAAAGAAACCCCCUGCUGGAAAAAGGACUUCAAAGCCAGCCAAAGGCUCUGAGUUCUUGAUCCCUGUAAGGGGAUUCUUCUGCCAAUUAUGUGAAGAGUUUUUUGGUGAUCCCAUUUGUGCUGAGACCCAUGUCACCUGCCAUGCUCACAAUGAGAAAUACAAGGCAAAAAUGUAUGAAAAUCCCCUCUAUGAACAAAGGAGGAACCUGGACCGUCAGGCUGGCUUAGAGAGCCAAAAGAGUUCAGAGCACAAACGAAAACGUGAAGACGAUGAACAGGAUGAUAUGAAGAAAUCCAAACACAGCAAAGGAAAAAUGUCAAGCAAUGAAGUGGAGACAAAACCACAGUACAGCAAGGAAAAGGAGUAUAAGAAUAUCAAAGAGAGCGAGAAUAAACUCAAGGAGAAAUACAAGAAAGAGGAUAUAGAUAAACAGAAAUACAGGGAGGAGGAUGAUGAAAGAGCCAAAAUAAAAAAGGAAGAGGAUGAGAGAGCUAGGUACAAAAAAGAUGAUGAUGAGCGAAACCGCUUCAGAAAAGAAGAGGAAUACACAUAUAGGUACAGGAAGGAGGAAGGGGAGAGAUCCAGGUAUGAAGAGGACAGAUUUAGAAACAGAAAUGAUGAUGAUGAAUACUAUCGAUAUAGAGAAGAGGACGACAGAUAUAGACUUAGAAAGGAUGAUGACAAAGGCCGAUAUGGUAGAGAAGAGGAGAAGCCCAAGUAUGGCAGAGAAGAUGAUAAGAAGUACAAAUACACUCGGGAGGUCGAAGAGAAGAAGUCAAAAUACAAAGAUGAGGACUGGGGGAAGUGGCCGAAAUCAAAAUGGGACGAGGACCAAGACACUAACGGAAAGUAUGAAAAAAAGGAAGAUAAAGCUCAGCACCAGAAGGGCAAGGCUGGUUAUUCCAAAGAUGACAAGGAGAGCACAGGAAAGCUCAGUGCUAAAGAUGGCAAAUCAGAAUCAGAGAAACCCAGCGAGCCUCCUAAAAUAUUAUGUGGCCCAAGUCCCGCCUUGCUUGCUAAACUUCGCAAGAAGAACGAGGAAGCUACUGGUCGGCCUGGCUUUGGAAAGUUUGGUCUGAAAAAGCCACAGAAGACGGCGCUAGAGAAAGAGGCUGAGAGGAUGGCGGCACAAUUCUUAAAGGAAGAGGAAGAGAGUAUGCCUUCUGAAAUGGCAGAAAACAAGGAUGCUGAGCUAGAUCCUUUUUCCAAGUCUAUAGCUGCUGCAAAAUCCAUUGCUAUCAAAUUGACAGGAAAAGCUUUGCUGCCCCCCGCAGGUGUAUGGCUAGCAUACAACGAAAAUAAAACUAAUCCUAAUUUACCUCCUCCCUUAUCUCCCAUGGUUAUUAGGAAGUCUUACACAGGUGUGCAAAAUAAACCAACACCAUCUACUGACAAAUCUCCUGCACCUGUAACAGGAACUCAGAAGGGCCCAACAUUGUCAGCAGACCUCAUCUCUAAGGCAUUUAGUGGAGAAGAGGUGCAAUUAAAACAAACAAAGGACAUCCCUGCAAACCCUGUAGAUAUCUUCAGCAUAUCUGUACCUGUUCAGUCUCCCACUGCAGCGCCAAAAAUGGUAAAUUCCAGCCAGAUGAAACCUGUUACUCCCAGUCAAUGUGUUGUUACUCUCGAGUCUGAUGUGGCUGCUCCUGGAGUGCCUGAGGAGGAGCAGAAGCUCACCGUAAUCCUUCGUCCUCCUCCUCAGCUUUCUUCUAAUGCCAGAGACCUGCCUCCCAAAACUGUAAAGCCAAAGACAACUCUUGCAGCAGGAAAAGCAAAAGAUUUGUUUCACAUUUUCUACAGUGGCAGUGCCGCAGUUAAAACCUCUGUCAGUGGCAGUGUUGGUGACAAACAAAACUCUGGAUUUGCUCCUCAAGACAGUGGGUCAACCUGCAGAGAGUCCAGCAAUAAAGACAAAAAUGUUAGUGAUGUUUGCCAGAGCAAAGAACCUCUCAAGUACGAUGACUUGAAAAUUCCCAUGAGAGAAGAACCUCUCAAGAACGAGGAGUCAGGAGUUGCCCAAAAAGAACUCCCUAAGAACGAGGACUCACCAGUUACCCUGAGAGAAGAACCUCUCAAGAAUGAGGAUUCAGUAGUUUCUCAAAAAGAAGUCCCCAAGAUUGAGGACUCAGAUCUUGCCCAGAGAGAAGAAUCUCCCAAGAACAUAGACUCAGAAAUUGCACAGAGUGAAGAACCCCCCAAAAUUGAGGACUCAGAUCUUGCUCAGAGAGAAGAAUCUCCCAAGAACGAAGACUCAGAAGUUGCCCAGAGCGAAGAAUACACCAAGAAUGAGGACUCAAAUCUUGCUCAGAGAGAAGAAUCUCCCAAGAACGAAGACUCAGUAGUUGUCCAGAGCAAAGAACCCCCCAAGAAUGAGGACUCAAAUCUUGCUCAGAGAGAAGAAUCUCCCAAGAACGAAGACUCCGAGGUUGCCCAGACAGAAGAACCCCCCAAGAAUGAGGACUCAAAUAUUGCCCAGAGAGAAGAAUCUCCCAAGAACGAAGACUUCGAGGUUGCCCAGACAGAAGAACCCCACAAGAAUGAGGACUCAAAUAUUGCCCAGCGAGAAGAAUCUCCCAAGAACGAAGACUUCGAGGUUGCCCAGACAGAAGAACCCCCCAAGAAUGAGGACUUAAAUCUUGCCCAGCGAGAAGAAUCUCCCAAGAACGAAGACUUCGAGUUUGCACCGACAGAAGAACCCCCCAAGAAUGAGGACUUAAAUCUUGCCCAGAGAGAAGAAUCUCCCAAGAACAAAGACUCAGAAUUUGAACAAGCAUUUGAGGAUGCCAUCCUAAAACCUGACCUUCCAAAUGAAAACAAUGCAAAAGAGGAAGAUUUUGACGAUCAACAAGUUCUUAAAUCUAUUGAAAUCUCUGUGGGGGAUAUAACUGUGAUGGAAGUAGAUAGUCAGGACACAAUGCAGACAAAUAAUGAAGAGGAAAACCCUCUGGAAUCUGAGGAACCCAUGUCAUUCUCUCCCCUUCCUGGUUCUUUCACUGAGCAACUAAACUUGGAUACAUUUGAAUUCAAUUUUGAGGCUUUGUAAAGGACCUUCAAAGAGUAGGUUUAGGGAUGUACAUGAUACCUCUGAAUGUAAAUAAGUGAUUUUGAAGUAUUCUUUGUAUUUGCUUUAUCCAGUUAGAAUGUUUCAUGUCUAUUCUUAACCUUUUGGCAGGUAAUGCCAGUGAAAACGUGGACUGAAAAGCAUUCAUUCUGAAGUGGGUGCUGGGGAAGGAAUCCCUCUAAGAAAAUGAAAACUUUCAUCAAGUAAUGAACCCUUAGUAUGUGUAAAAGUUUUGCUAUCUUGUCAAAAGCAUCUGGUGAUGAGCUACUUGUUUCCUUAUUUUGUUUCCAGCAGAAAUCAUUCCUUUUUCCCAAAGGUAAUGUAAAACAUAUAAUGAAUGUGAUGUGUAUUAAACAUUUAAGUCUGUAAAGCUGUUUGCUCUGUUCGUUCCAUUUAAAUAAAUUAAGAUAUUUUAAUGCAGGAGCCAGAAAGAUCCAGGCUCAGAGAAGAGAAAUGGUGUGGAGUUCAUGCUUCAAGGACAUAUGCGUUCACAACUCUGGCCAGAAAAUAUCAGGCUUGGCUUCCGUAGUUUUUAUUACACUGUACUCCGUAUUGAUUGCUUUUCUUUCCAGUUUAAAUUUUUUUAAGGAAUUAAUGUUGUGUUAUAAUUUUCACAUUGCUACCAUGCUACUUUAGCAUCUACAGACAGUUGGUGUAAUUGCACAUGUUCUGUGCUAGCUAAAAUAAAUCACAGCAACCCUUUC